AUGGAGGCGGCGGAGACGCAGCUGGCGCGGGCGCUGGCGGCGCUCACGGAGCGCGACUUCCCGCAGUCGCGCGGUCGGGAGACGCGCCUGGACGCGUACUUGCAGCUGGAGGAGCUGCUGCUGCUGGAAGACUCGGAGGCGUCCGUGCAGCGGCUGCGAGCGCACGUGUCGCCGCUGCUGGGCGAGUUCCGCUUCGACCUGCAGCGCAGCACGCUCAGCGACGAGCUGCAGGCAGCGCUGCGCUGCCUGUCGUACUUCAUGCACCACCUCAACCUGGCCGCAGCCUUCUCGGACGAGCACAUGGCCUUCUUCCUGGGGGAGUUGGCGCGACUCCUGUUCGCCACCCAGGACCAGAACAUCUACAAGUUGUGUCUCUGGUGCCUCACAGUGCAGAACUUCCCGGCUGAACGACACAAGUUCUUGCCACAGACGGUGGAAGGAUUGGUGCAAGCUGUGGUGAACCCGUUCAAGUCGCGUGCAAUUGAAGUGCAGGCUUUGAAAGGGUUGCAUCUAUUGAUGGUUAAGUAUCCGGAGCAAGUGGCGGUGAAUGGAGCAGUCCUGGGUAUCUAUGUGCGGCCUAUUGCCAGUCGAUUAGCCAGCAGUGAGUUGUCGACGAGGACGCAAGCUCGACUUGUGCUGACUGAGGCGAGCAAGCACCUGCCGCAGUGGACAAAAGAAACGUUGGCAAUGGUUCAAGAGUGUACGCAGAAGUAUGUUUUACCUGUGAUGAAGAUGCACAUGGAUCGGGAUCGCCACAAGGACGCAGUGCAUUUGUGGCAGUUGGCGUUGGUCCUACUGCGGUCGAGGUUCUCAGCUGACUUGGCAAUGCUGAACCAAGUGCUGUAUGUCCCGGAGCAGUGCAUGGAAGAUGACGAUGCAGCCGUUCGGCUAAUGGCUAUGCAGGCAUGGGCCGACCUCGUGGAUGUAUUCCGUGAUGCCAAGCUGUGGCUCUUCCAGAAGGCGAUAGUGAGCUUGCUUGUGUGGCCUAUCAUGGUCAGCCUGAAGGAGGAGCGGUUACUGAACAUUGCAGAGGCAGCGUUUGGGUCAUGGCGUAAAAUUGUGCGCAUUGCAGUACAGGACUUUAACGCGUUCUGUGAUUCCGAUGAAUCCGUGACUCAAAACUUGCCCGGAUGGAGAAAAUGGUUCAGUGAACUGGUAAUGUCCCCCAUAUUGACGGUGAUGAAAAAUCGGAGUGGUACCAGAGACGGAAGAAACUCUACUCUGGAGUUGGAGAAAUUUAUCACCUUUGCAAAACAACUUUGGGAAUUUGAAGAGGGCAGAUCUGAUAAAGAUAAGAGUAGCCCUUCCUCCCGUUGCGAAAGUAGCAGCAGCACUACAAUGGGCGGCUCUUCAAUGGAUGGAUCAGGGGGUACCGAUACGGCGCAAACUUUGUCGCUUGAUCUGCGCGUGCUGCGGAUGUGUAUCGAUUUCACCUUUGGAAUUUUGACAUCGCGAUCAGAUGUGCCUGCACCAACCGAUCAAUCUGGACAAAAUCUCGAGAUCCCCGUUAGUCAAGUGGUUGUGGCCUCGGUGGGAUUCGGUUUGGAAUGGGAACUCCGGUUGCUGGCUCCGCUUGUGUCUGGUGUCGCAAACCCAAGUGACCUGCAGACUGUGGUGCUUCACCCGAAGAGUAAAUUACUUGGCCAUAUUGUCCGGCGUAUGGAUUAUUUGAAGGAAAUGUACGCUCAGUGUUUGAUGGUGCUGAAGAAGUGGGAUCACACUGAAGCUGGUGAGCGUGGGAUUGACUUCUCAGCCAGGACAAAUGCACUUCCGUAUCUUGUACUAAACCUUCUUUUCGAGUACGCUGUUUUCGUUGAUGACAUGAAUAACGAUCAUGGAGAUGGCAAACAGAGUACGCUGACGUCUCUGGAUAUCGUCGUGAAGAAACUUGUGGCAAGUAUUAGAGCUAGCACUUCACACCGAUCUCGUGGUAUGGAUUCGAUCAUUUGUUUCGGCGAGGAGGCGAUUCGUGCAGCCCAUGAGCUUUAUGACGACAAUACUCUUGAAGCCGACAAAACAAGCAUGCUGGAUGAACUCGUUAGAAUUUCUACGAAGCUUACGGAACACACGUUCGAAAGCCAGCAGAAUGCUUCAUUGUUGCUGGACUUGCAUCAAUCUCACCAAAGCGUUGUCAUUCCCCCUUCCGCUAGUACAGCCACUCCAAGCGACUCAUUUGAUGUCGUAGAGAAGCGUGCAGUCAUUGUUGGACAAGUCUCAGAUUAUGUGUCAGCUUCGUUAGAUACCAGCACCUCCUCACCGUGCCUAUUGAGUGGAGAAGUAGCAACAAUGCCAAGCGCGAGCCCUGUUGAUCCCAGUCCAACUCCCUCAGCAGAUGAAAAGGAUCAAAGCGCAAGCGCGCCAGUGACUCCGCAAAAAGCAAAGACUUUAGAUGAAUUGGAGUCAAGGUCUUCAGUGUCAAAAGAGCAGCUACCUCCCGCUGGAGCACAAUCUGCACCACCCAAGCUAGCUGCUCAAAAUGGUGGGAAUCCUAAGCGACCAAACCUCAAAGUUUCCCAGUGCAUUUACCCGGAUCUGGUCGGAUGCACAGAAGGACUUGCGUCACUAUAUCGGCACUUCCCCAUGGGAUUUCGCCCAUUUUUUUCGUUCUACAAGGUGAAAACGAUCGGUGAUCUAAGCGCAUUACCCGUUGAAAGAGUGAGAACUUUUGGACUCAAGGAACCGGUAAGCACCGUUCGAAGGGCUCUUGAGGAGUUUAAUGGGCGGAAGGACCGCAUGAAGUCUUUGAACGGGAGUCCGUUCCGUCAGAGGAGUGGUUCAGCAACAGCAAGCCCAGCGAUUCCUACACCGGCUCCACACAACCCCCCAAAGCGGCCAUUCCAGCUGGAAGCCGGAGGCAUCGCUCCGCUGGCACUGGAGAAGCGUCAAAACAAACGAACGAAACGAUCACUAGUGCUGGAUGGAGUAAACGGUGACGACCAGGAAGAGGAGAGUGGGAGAACACGUCGAAAACCAAAGCUGGCAGACCGAGUCACGUUUUGCCUUCAAUCUGGAGAGACCGGGGAAACUCGAAUCACCCGUCCAGGCGAGGACUCUCAAGACCAGCUGAAGCCUUCUGAGAAGGUCGAGGAAAAGGAGAGUGUACAAGAGAAGAUGGACACAUAUUCGCUCAAACUGUUGCAACAUCUGCGCCGAUCCGUUUACUACAUGGACAAACUUGUAGCUGAGGAGGAGAGCAUGCAAAGUGAAGAAGCGAGUUUGCAGACCAGUAUCACAACGGUUGGUGGGGUGAUCACGAACUACCAAGAAGCGCAUGACCUGGUGUCCAGAUUAACAUCACAGCUCCAAAUAGCGGCCGAAACAAGCUCCAAGCGAUGCCAGAAACUUCUGGAUAAGCGAGUCUCCAAAGGAUAA